CUGUGGCGGCGGCGGUGGCGGUGGUGGCGGCAGCGGCGACGAUGGGACCCCAGCGAGAGAUCUGCGGCUAGGUCGGCUGCACUUGCUCCACGGGUCGGGGAUUGGAGGGACAGAAUUGAAGAAUGAACUUCUAAAAAGAAAGAUCAAAGAAUAAACAGGCAGAGAACAAGGAGAACAUUGAAGCUGGGAAGAUGACUUCUUGCAGCAAUACCUGUGGGUCCAAGCAAGCCCAAUCUGACACUGAGGGUGGGUACCAGCGCUAUGGAGUUCGAUCCUACCUGCAUCAGUUUUAUGAGGACUGCACUGCCUCCAUCUGGGAGUAUGAGGAUGAUUUCCAGAUCCAGAGAUCGCCUAACAGGUGGAGCUCAGUAUUCUGGAAGGUCGGACUCAUCUCAGGCACUGUCUUUGUGAUUCUUGGACUAACUGUCCUGGCAGUGGGCUUUCUUGUGCCCCCGAAGAUUGAAGCUUUUGGUGAAGCUGAUUUCAUGGUGGUCGACACACACGCUGUGCAGUUCAAUGGCGCCCUGGACACGUGCAAGCUAGCAGGAGCCUUGCUCUUCUGCAUCGGGGGCACGUCCAUGGCUGGGUGCCUACUGAUGUCCGUGUUUGCCAAGAGCUAUUCCAAAGAAGAAAAGUUCCUCCAACAGAAGUUUAAAGAGCGAAUAGCAGACAUUAAAGCCCAUGCGCAGCCUAUCACUAAAGCUCCAGGCCCAGGAGACACCAAGAUCCCAGUUACUUUGUCCAGAGUUCAGAAUGUACAGCCUCUGUCAGCCACUUGAAACAUUUGCCACCUCAGGCCUUCCCCUCUCUGAUUUACAUGCAUCGUCAUUUAAAAAAA